AUGCCUCCUCAACACGUUGAGAUUGCGGAGACGAUCGCUGCUCUUAAGAGAGCUAUUCGCAGAGAGAAAGAAGCUCCUACAGAACAGCCCAUGCACGGUGCGACCAAUCGAGGAAACAAACUGAGAUAUGGCGCAAACUAUGUACAUACCGGUGCUCUUCCAUACCCACACGGCGCCGAAGGUUACAAACAGAAAAUCGAACAUGCUGGGUACACACGCUACAUCCUCGACAGAAAUCCCAGACGUUACAACGAGUACGGAGAUGAGCUAAAUGACAGUGAAAGCGACACCGAGGCAGAUGAAGACGCCAAUGACGAAAACCCAUAUAGUGGUAUACGCAUCGAGGAGCUGUUGGCGCCCUUGAAGCAUCCUUCCGACCUCGCGAACCAUCCUACUUUGUCCCUGCCCUUUCUCGAUUCCGCCCUCCCAGACAUGCUAAGAUCUACGGAAGACAAAUUGCGCCAGGAACGAGCCAAUCUUUGGCGUGCAAAGAACCAGAACAGACAGUUCAUCGGUGACGAAUCGUGGAUCCCAUCUCAUGUCACUGAAGGUGUUGACGACUGGGAUUUGUUCGAGCCUAAACCCAGGCUGCCCGCUCUCUCACCCCGGAAGAAGAGGAAGACGGCUUCGCGCAACGAGACCUUGCGAAAUGGGGUAGGGCAUGGUUAUGCUACUGCAGAUGGCCACACAAGUCGGGUGGGCCAAGACACCAUGGGUAACAAUCAAUUAUCACCAAAGGACAUUUCCACCAAGGAGAUAGCGGAUACUGGAGAAACGGGGGACGUGCCUGUAGAGCAUCUAGUUGCUAUGGAUGUCGACAUGUCUGCGGCAGAUCCACCAACUACCAAUGGUGUGCAUCAAGAUGCCAACUCCACCGAAGACAAAGGAGCUAGCAACAAAUCCCUUAAGCAAAUACAGAACGGCGAUGUCCAUGAGACGGCAGAUAAGACGGACACCGAGACAAAGGAGCAGGACGACGACCAGCGCAGUGAGGAUGGCACACCACCUCAGCACACCCGAAGAAUCACAAGAGCACUCGCCGCAGAACAAGAAGGGUCGAAUGUAACAUCUAUUCCCGACUCCCCCCAUACUUCCACAUCAACGAUCAACUCUUCACUCCUCCAGCCGGAUCCCUUCUUCCUCCUCCCACCCUCCCUAGCCGCGAACCACCGUACUCCACGACAUUUGGACCGCCUAGGUCUCCCAGUUGAGGAAUUCCUUGAAACCCGCCGCCUAUUGACCAUGUACAUACAAAAGCAAGAAGAGAGCGUUCGCGGAUACGAGGCACUCCUAGGCAAACUCACACGUGCGAAGAGAAUGCGAGAUAAAGUCUGGGAGUGGUGCAAAGCUGAAGGACACGUAGGCGAAUGGUCGGACGGUGAGGACUGGAUCGACGCCGAGGCAUGGGGCUUGCAACCGGAAGAGCUCAAGAAGGGCAAGGACGAGGAAGAAGUCGAGGGUCAGGAAGACACAGGCAGAAAGGGUAAACGGCGCCGCAGGGACUAG